CCGCCGGGAAGGCGGCGGCGGCGGCGGCGCGCUCCGGCGGUCUGAAGCGGCGGCUGGCUGCCACGGGCCAGCGGCGCGAUGAGCUGGGCGGCCGCCCCCGGCUCGGGGCUGUGAGCGGCUCGGGGCCGGGGGUGGGCGGCGGCGCGGCGGCCGGCCGACGCUCCUCCUCGGCGGCGGCGGCGGCGGCGGCGCUGGCCAUGCGCGGGGCGGCGCGGCCGGGGCGGCCAGGCCGGGGCUGCCUCCCGGGGGCCCGCGGCCUGAGGGCUCCGCCGCCGCCGCCGCCGCCGCUGCUCCUGCUCGCGCUGCUGUCGCUGCUGCCCGCUCCCGGCACCGCCGCCGCCGCCCCGGCCCCGCGGCCCCCGGCCCUGCAGCCAGCGGCCGCGGGGCCCAGCGUGAGCCUCUACCUGAGCGAGGACGAGGUGCGCCGGCUGAUCGGUCUCGAUGCAGAACUUUAUUACGUGAGAAACGACCUUAUUAGUCACUACGCUCUAUCCUUUAACCUGUUAGUACCCAGUGAGACAAAUUUCUUGCACUUCACUUGGCAUGCGAAGUCCAAGGUUGAGUAUAAGCUGGGAUUUCAAGUAGACAAUUAUGUGGCUAUGGACAUGCCCCAGGUCAACAUUUCUGUUCAGGGGGAAGUUCCACGCACUUUAUCAGUGUUCCGGGUCGAACUUUCCUGCACUGGCAAAGUAGAUUCUGAAGUUAUGAUAUUAAUGCAACUCAACUUGACAGUAAAUUCUUCAAAAAAUUUUACAGUCUUAAAUUUUAAACGAAGGAAAAUGUGCUACAAAAAACUUGAAGAAGUAAAAACUUCAGCCUUGGACAAAAAUGCUAGCAGAACUAUUUAUGAUCCUGUACAUGCAGCUCCAACCACCUCUACACGUGUGUUUUAUAUCAGUGUAGGGGUUUGUUGUGCAGUAAUAUUUCUUGUAGCAAUAAUAUUAGCUGUUUUGCACCUUCAUAGUAUGAAAAGGAUUGAACUGGAUGACAGUAUCAGUGCCAGCAGUAGCUCCCAAGGACUGUCUCAGCCAUCCACCCAGACGACUCAGUAUCUGAGAGCUGACACGCCCAACAAUGCCACUCCUAUCACCAGCUCCUCAGGUUAUCCUACCUUGCGGAUAGAGAAGAAUGACCUAAGAAGUGUCACUCUUCUGGAAGCCAAAGCCAAGGUGAAGGAUAUAGCAAUAUCCAGGGAGAGGAUAACUCUGAAAGAUGUACUCCAAGAAGGUACUUUUGGGCGUAUUUUCCAUGGGAUUUUAUUAGAUGAAAAAGAUUCAAAUAAAGAAAAACAAGCAUUUGUAAAAACAGUUAAAGAUCAAGCUUCUGAAGUCCAGGUGACGAUGAUGCUCACUGAAAGCUGCAAGCUGCGAGGUCUCCACCACAGAAAUCUUCUUCCUAUUACUCAUGUGUGUAUAGAAGAAGGAGAAAAGCCCAUGGUGAUAUUGCCUUACAUGAAUUGGGGGAACCUUAAAUUGUUUUUAAGGCAGUGCAAAUUAGUAGAGGCCAAUAAUCCACAGGCCAUUUCUCAGCAAGACCUGGUGCACAUGGCUAUUCAGAUUGCCUGUGGAAUGAGCUACCUGGCCAGAAGGGAAGUCAUCCAUAAAGACCUGGCUGCUAGGAACUGUGUGAUUGAUGACACACUUCAGGUGAAGAUCACUGACAACGCCCUCUCCAGAGACUUGUUCCCCAUGGACUACCACUGUCUGGGGGACAACGAAAACAGGCCAGUUCGGUGGAUGGCUCUUGAAAGUCUGGUUAAUAAUGAGUUCUCCAGUGCUAGUGACGUGUGGGCCUUUGGAGUGACGCUGUGGGAGCUCAUGACUCUGGGCCAGACGCCCUACGUGGACAUCGACCCCUUUGAGAUGGCUGCGUACCUGAAAGAUGGUUACCGGAUAGCCCAGCCCAUCAACUGUCCCGAUGAACUGUUUGCUGUGAUGGCCUGUUGCUGGGCCUUAGAUCCGGAGGAGAGGCCCAAGUUCCAGCAGCUGGUGCAGUGCCUCACAGAGUUCCACGCAGCCUUGGGAGCCUACGUGUGACUCCUCUCCGAGCCCCACAGUGGGGGCUCACCUGGAUCCCGCCACGGACGCUUGGUGUAGGAUGCAGCGCUGGCAGGAGCACCCUCGUCUUCCAGAACACUGUGCCUUUGGGACGCUUUAGAAUCGGAACUUCUAAGACAGACUUAAUGUGGAAUAUUUUUAGAUACGUCUUUUAUUAGGUUGAACUUAAAGGGGUUUUGUAAAUUUUUUGGCCAAAUUUUUUAAAAACAUAGUUACUUUGGAUUAGUACAUUCUUACAAAAUAAACAGUUUUUAAAAUUG